UGGACUAAGCACACCAACACGUAGAAAAGAAAAGACAAGGACCACAUCGUAAGCGUAACUUCUAAAGAACAAAAGGAAACGCCGGCACUGGCAUGACUCUCUCUCCUCCUGAUGUUGCUAAUGCUUCCUCACACCUUGGUCUGACUGCUCCCACUGUAGGGACUUGACAUCGAUACUCACAUCAAAUGCCCUUUGGGGGGAUGGAUCUCCUCUGACCAUGGUUUUUAUAUGAAAUUCUGGAUGUUAUCCUAAUAGAAGAUGCGUGAUUUCUCCAUCAUUGAUGGUUUUGUGGAGAUAAGUGAAUGCAUGGCAGAGAUGACCAAAUACGUGGCAAAUGAACCAUCUGUUGGGCUUUUCUUUAUCCAACAACAUGCCCAAAAUGCCGUACCUAAUGUCAUCGAAGUUAAGAAAAAUGUUGUUGAGAAAUCCCAUGAAACAACUUUGCAAACAGAAGAUUUGGAGGACUCUGUCACGGUGGUUCGAUCAAUGAAAGAGCAUGGAUUUCCCAUAGCUGAUAAGAUGAUUGGAGAGAUUAAGAAAUCUCUGAAUAUUAUGGAAACAAAACAGCCGAAGAGAGGGUUGAUUAGUCCAUUGUCACGUUCUCAUUCAGAAAGAGCUAGUUUUGAUACUCACGAGGGAAACAAAAAAAGAAAUAACUAUUUUUCAAAUGUUUUGAUGUCAGCAAAACAGAAGGCUAGCAGCUUCAAGUGGCGACAGCAUGAUGCUAGUGGAUCAAUAGAUUCCAUGGAUGAAAAACCGCAUAUUUACCCUAAUUUGCCUUUGUCAGUCUCAUCUGGAAGCAUUUCUUCAUCUUUUUGGGCUGCCAAAACUGAAGAGAUGCCUGUAGCAAGCCAGGGUGAAGGUGAAGAUGAGUCUCAACAUGAAGAGCAUGAUGCAAGUGAUAUUAGCAUUAAUUUAUUAUCUGUAUCAUCAGAUAUAUAUGAAGACUUCAAAGCUUGUAAAGAAGCUAAACUAGAGGAGUGGCUAGAUGGAACUGGAACCCUUGAUGAUAAUUGCGGUACAGGUGGUGAGAAAAGAUCUUAGCUCGGCUACACUCAAAUAAAAUGCUUCAGCUCUUAAAGGCUGCUGUGAAAUUUCAACCAUCUCUAAAUAUUGUCUAUAAAUAAAAUGAUUUUUGUUAUGCUGUAGAGUUGUUCUUUAAUCUUUAAACAAGCAUGAUACACAUGAUUUGGUCAGAUAUGAAUUUUCAUUUCCUCUACCUUGGGAAUUUCAAUAUUUACUAUGUCAACCGAGGUAAAAGAAGCUUCAUGAAUGGUAAAUACUGCUAGAUUAGUUCA